GUGACGCAUGCGUGGAGGAUAUGCUCCUCGCAGCAAAGUCCUCCUUUACUCCACACACGCUUCUAAGCCUCGGCACAUCUACUAACUACACUUUAUUCAUCCUCCAUGUCAGCAUCAACUCCACUCGUCUCACUCAACUUUGGACAUUAUUAGGCCCGCUUAGAUUGCUCGUUGUUUGAGCGCGCUAGUUAGCCUAGCAUGCUAGUUAGCUUAGCUUGUUAGUCGCUAACAAAGAGACGCGGAUUUGAUCAACACAUCGCUUAGUUAAGAUCAAGUGUGAGUGUAAAGUGUUGUGAUUGUGUGAAAAUGUGUGAAAGAACCAUAGCAGAGUACGAGGAGGAACUUUGUCCAACUAAAGAGGAGAAGGAGCGACCACAUCAAAAACCUCAAGUUGUGUUACACAGAACAGAUGUCCAGCAGCCCUCUCACAUUAAAGAGGAAGAGGAGAAUCCACAGCCCCCUCACAUUAAAGAGGAAGAGGAGAAUCCACAGCCCCCCCACAUUAAAGAGGAAGAGGAGGAAGUGUGGAUGAGUCAGGAGGGAGAGUGUCCUGUAGGGCAGGAGGAGGCUGAUGUCAGCAAGUUUCCACUGACUGUUGUCUCUGUGAAGACUGAAGAGCAUGAAGACAAACCACCUGAGUCCUCACAGCUUCAUCACAGUCCAAAUGUCGAAGAACAUCUUUUUCGUGAGCAGGAAGAGGAACCACAGCCCCCCCACAUUAAAGAGGAAGUUGAGACGCCACAGACCCAUAAUGUUAAACUGACCCUUCACAUUAAAGGGCAAGCGGAGGACCCACUGAACUUACACAUCAAAAAUAAAGAGGAGGACCCACUGACCCCUCACAUUAAACAGGAAGAGGAGGACCCACUGAACCCUCACAUUAAAGAGGAAGAGGAAGACCAAGAUACGCCGCACAUUAAAGAGGAAGAGGAGGACCAAGAGCCGCCGCACAUUAAAGUGGAAGAGGAGGACCAAGAGCCGCCGCACAUUAGAGAGGAAGAGGAGGAAGAGGGCAUCAGUCAGCCUAAAUGGUUGGAGGAGUUCCCAGUGACUGGUGUCCCUGUGAAGAGUGAAGAUGAUGAGGUGAAAGGUGAAAGUGAGGAGAGGGGAGGGGGGGAGCCUCCAAGCAGCAGCUCAACACAACACAUGACAACAGAAGCUGAUGGAGACCACUGUGGAGGAUCACAAGCAGACAAGCUCUUAGCUCCACUAUCAGAUAGUGAGGACACAACGUCACACUCUCCUGACACUGAUGAUGAAGACUCUAAAGAUGAUAAGACAUGUCACACUGACAACACUCACUUCACAUCUUCUCACUCUCACAAAACUUUUAAAUACCAUUGUAGUCUGAAAGUACACGUGAGAACACACACUGGAGAAAAAACUUUUUCCUGUUCAAUCUGCGGUAAAGGUUUUACAGAAAGUCAACAUUUGAAAGUACACAUGAGAACACACACUGGAGAAAACCCUUUUUCCUGUUCAAUCUGUGGUAAAGGUUUUGUUCUCAGUGAACAUUUGAAAGUACACAUGAGAACACACACUGGUGAAAAACCUUUUUCCUGUUCAAUCUGUGGUAAAGAUUUUACACAAAGUAAUAAUUUGAAAAGACACAAGAGAACACACACUGGAGAAAAACCUUUUUCCUGUUCGACCUGUGGUAAAGGUUGUACAAGCAGUACAGAUGUGAAAGGACACAUGAGAACACACACUGGUGAAAAACCUUUUUCUUGUUCAAUCUGUGGUAAAGGUUUUACACAAAGUCAGGAUGUGAAAAGACACAUGAGAACACACACUGGUGAAAAAACCUUUUCAUGUUCAACCUGUGGUAAAGGUUUUGCACAAAGUAAUCAUUUGAAAAGACACAAGAGAACACACACUGGAGAAAAACCUUUUUCCUGUUCGACCUGUGGUAAAGGUUUUACAAAUAGUACAGAUGUGAAAACACACAUGAGAACACACACUAGUGAAAAACCUUUUUCUUGUUCAAUCUGUGGUAAAGGUUUUACAGAAAGUCAGAAUGUGAAAGUACACAUGAGAACACACACUGGUGAAAAAACUUUUCCCUGUUCAAUCUGUGGUAAAGGUUUUACAAGAAGUCAACAUUUGAAAGUACACAUGAGAACACACACUGGUGAAAAAGCUUUUUCUUGUUCAACCUGUGGUAAAAGUUUUACACAAAGUCAACAUUUGAAAGUACACAUGAGAACACACACUGGUGAAAAAGCUUUUUCCUGUUCAACCUGUGGUAAAGGUUUUACACAAAGUCAAAAUAUGAAAGUACACAUGAGAACACACACUGGUGAAAAAUCACAUUCCUGUUCAAUCUGCAACAGAAGCUUUGGUGAACGAUCAACCCUUGUAAGACACAUGAGAACACACACUGGUGAAAAAACUUUUCCCUGUUCAAUCUGUGGUAAAGGUUUUGCAAGAAGUCAACAUUUGAAAAGACACAUGAGAACACACACUGGUGAAAAAGCUUUUUCUUGUUCAACCUGUGGUAAAGGUUUUACACAAAGUCAAGAUGUGAAAGUACACAUGAGAACACACACUGGUGAAAAACCUUUUUCCUGUUCAAUCUGCAACAGAAGCUUUUGUUGACGAUCAACCCUUGUAAGACACAUGAGAAGACACCCAGGAGAGAAAGUGUUGAGUUGCAGUGUGUGUGGUGAAAGAUUGUCUUCUAAGUACCAGUGUAAGAAACACAAGUGUGCUGGUGAGAACAGCAGCAGCAAAUGAAACUGCAGGAUUUGAAAUAAACUGUCCAGACUUUCAUUUUGACUUUCUAACAACAUCAGCACAUAUAACAUGUGUGACAUUGUUGUUUGUCUAACAAUCUGGUUAAUGUGCUUCUACAUUUAUAGAUUAAGAUAGUUUGAAAUAUGAAAGUAUUACAUAUUUGUAUUUGUAAUUGUUAAUAAUCCCAUAGAUUAUCACCUUUAUAUGAUAUACAUAUGUACUGGUUCACAUCUGAAACAUCUUCUGGACCACUUCAGGAAGCAUAUUAUUAUUUACUUUAUACAUCAUUUGAACAGUUGUCUUUUACACAAUUUUAAAAUGUGUGACUUUAUGAAUCAUUUGUUGGGUCUCUGUAAUCCAUUUUAUUAAUCAUCUUUACUACUCUCUUUUGUAAUAUGAUGAUUGUGUUGUGAUUGUUUUAUACUUUAACUUAAUAUGUAUGUACUUGUACGUUUAUGCAAUAAAAAGUGAGAGAAAA